AAUCAACGCGAUCCGUACCCCAGCAGUUAAUUCUCUCUAACCACCCGUCCGCAUCACCGCACCAUGCGGGCCUGUUAUUGACAACAUCCUCUCGUCUGAAUCGAUUCCGAAUUCGAAUUCGAAUUUGAAUUUCCUCCAUCUUGCAUCCGAUGAACAUCUCCCGCGCGCGAUAACCAUCUACCAUGGCCACCCUGGCCUCGAGCCCCCCGACCUCGCCCUCGUGGCCGAAGCGACGUCCUCGCGCGUGGGCGCUGCGUUGUGAGCGGUUAUGUUGUGCUGCGGCGAGUUGUUUCCCACUUGUUUUUGUUUAUGGGUUGACGACUUGGGCGGUUUAUGUGGAAGUUAGUAUUGGGUUUAAGGAGCAUCGGAGUAGUUGGAUUGGUCUUCCGAGCACCUUGCUUGGCGUUAUUCUCUAUCUCUGCCUGAAUGCUAGUUAUACCGUUGCCGUGUUUACGGACCCCGGCUCGCCCCUCACAACACGCCGCGGUGGUCGACACGAGUAUAGCGCCCUGCCGGUUUCCGAGUACCCCGAGUUCACGUCGUAUACCGUUAGUUCGUCUGGUGAAUCGCGGUAUUGCAAAAAAUGUCAAUGUCCGAAGCCUGACCGCGCGCACCACUGCUCGACAUGUAAGCGGUGCGUGUUGAAGAUGGACCACCACUGUCCCUGGUUGGCGACUUGUGUCGGGCUGUACAACUACAAGGCAUUCUUGCUAUUUUUGAUUUAUACAUCGCUGUUCUGCUGGGUGUGCUUUGCGGUUUCUGCGGUGUGGACGUGGACGGAGGUUUUGAAUGAUACCCGGUAUAUGGAUACCUUUAUGCCAGUCAACGUGGUGCUGCUGGCCAUUUUGGGAGGAAUUAUCGGUCUCGUCUUGACCGGGUUUACGGCGUGGCAUAUCAGCUUGGCGGUGCGGGGAGUGACGACUAUCGAGUGUCUCGAGAAGACGAGAUAUGUCUCACCGCUGCGCAAGGCACUAGACCGACAACGUAACGAGAACGGCGCAGGAAAUGGCCAUGCUACGGACCCAAAUAACGAAAGCUUGGCUCAUCGACUCCAAGGCUAUGGCAACCAAAUACUAGACGCCCACGCCAAUGCGAUUCCGGGCGUGACACGCGCCGAAGAAGGCGAAGAACGUCUCUCCCCAGCACCCUACCCCCCUGGUCAAGGACCUAGCCUUGAAAACGUCAACCCUCACAACCCAAUGACUCCCGCCCAACAAGCCCUCACUCGAUCCUACGCGGAGAUGGAGCGCCAACGCGAGCACGACCGAUACCAAGAAUGGGUCAACGACCAAGACAGCGAGAAAAUGCCCAGUGCAUUCGACCACGGCUGGCGGCGUAACCUGACCCACCUUUUCGGCGACCGACCUCUCCUUUGGCCUAUACCAAUCUGUACAACCACCGGUGAUGGCUGGCGCUGGGAGCCAAGCCAGAAAUUCCUCGAAGCGCGCGAGCGCAUCAGAGUCAACCGCGAACAGGAAGCUAGCAAUGAGCAGCAGUACUACCGCGACCUUUACUCGCGGAAUAUGAACAACAGUCAUGCCUGGGGUGUAAAUAAUGAAAACGCAUCGCAACAAUCACCAAGCUGGAUCUCCAACCGCCGGCCACAGGAUGCACCCGAACGCCCGCCGACGAGUGUUUCUAUGCAAACACUUGCCCCGGCUUCCCCUCGGCCCAGACCCGGAGAUAGUGACUUCGAGGAUGAGCCUGAGAGCAACGGGUUACUUGACCCUGAAGCCGGGAGAGGUCAGGGUGUGAAACAGGGCGGGCAUAAUAGAGAUACGGAUGAAUGGCGGGAUUGGGAUGAUUGAAAUAGAAUCGUCAGGGGUAAGGGCUGUUCAUAGGACGCAUUCUGGGGAGACAUUCUAGCGGCUUUUGCUUUUUUGCAUGAAUUGGCGUUUUGGUGAUGACUGUGACAAAUUAAGCGUUUCCAUUUGUGGAAGUGGCCAAGUUGGUAUUUUCUUGUUGCGUGUGUAUUGUGGGGAAAAAUGACGUGUCCUCAAAUGAGCGAAAUGCCUCUUUUAUUGUACAUUUGAUUCUCUUUUCCUUUUCUUUCUUUCUUCUUCUUAAU